AGAGGCGAAGGGAGAGUCCUGCCCAGCGUGGACCUGUGCGUCGCUGCAUGGUCGACCUGGAGACUCGCUCUCCGCAAGGUGAGACGCGCGGACCAAAGAGGAGGCCUCGAAGGAUCGGCAGGAAUUCUCGCGAAAGCCGACUCUUCCUCUCUCGUAUGCUCGCAAUCGCGCGCGCUCUUCCUCGGUCGUUUUUCUCCCCCUUUCUCCCUCUUUCUCUCGUGCCGAGAGGGCUCCUCUUUUCGCGAACCAAGGAAAUCGAGUGAGUGAUUCGUAUUUUUUCAUCCCGCGGAAUCCCCUGACUUUCCACGAAGUGCUCUGCUACAGAUCCGCUUGGACACUGUCCUAGAUUGGUGCAAACGUCGGAGACAGGAUCAUCAGUGGAUAUACGCUACUCUUAUAUGUUGGACAGAAUUUGAAAAAAGAUGCAUGGAUGCUUAUCUUCAGGUUUAUGAAAGAGACUUUUGAAUUUAGUUAACACUUUCGUGGUAGCAAUGUCGGGACGCAAAGUGCGGAAUCGACACAUUUGACAGUGAUAACGUGAAUCUUUUCUUAUCAAAGCGCGUGAGAAUUUGAUCCCUCGUGCUAUUUCAUCAGAAGAAUCCAUAUCACAUCAAGGCGCCCACGAUCAGCAAACAUGUCAGUUGUCUCGCCUUACAAAGUCAAUUGAAAUCGCUGUCAAUAAAAGUUGAAGUAACGGUUCGUAACUUUGGGGCGGUUUCGCGAAAUUGCUCCACUCUUCGAGGGAGGUGAACAGUGUUUUUCUCUCGGUGACGUUAAAUCGGCGGUAAAUUCGAUGGUGUGCGUGAAUGUUCCGUUAACUCAGAAGGCUCGUCCCGAAAGUGAACGUUGGAAUUUCCUUUCGGAAUCUUCACCAAGACAGUGCAAUCUUCGCCGUUCGUCUCGUCUUGGAUAUACCUCAUAAGCUGCGUGCAUGUUAAACUGAGACAAUCAUGACGACUUUAAUGCCGGACAUGUGACAUGUACGGUAAAGAAGGGAGAGCGAUGGCGGAAACAUUUCCUCGAAAUUCCUCCGGUCUUCUUCUCGUUCGUGAUAAUCGACGGGCCUGCGAAGCAAAAGAGAAAAUCCUCAUUCAGAUUACCUUGGCAAGACCUACGGGUUCGUAAAGGGCAUGAAAGCUCAUCAUGUUCAACCACCGACACGGGCCACGAGCGCUGUCGACCUGCUGCAACCUUCUCGGCGUAACAUUCCUCUUAUUGAUCGCCGGUAGCUACGUGUCAUCGGAUCUCAAUUCCGAGUUCGUCAAAGGGAAAAUUUGCAUCGGUACCAAUGGCCGUCUGUCCGUGCCGUCCAACAAACAGCAUCACUACCGGAAUCUUCGAGACCGGUACACCAACUGUACUUACGUCGAUGGCAAUCUGGAGAUCACAUGGCUCCAGAACAAAUCAUUCGACCUCAGCUUCCUCCAGUACAUACGGGAGGUCACGGGUUACGUCCUCAUCAGUCACGUGGACGUGCCCAAGAUCGUCCUCCCGAGAUUGCAAAUCAUCCGUGGUAGGACCCUCUUCAAGCUCAAUAUUCACGACCACGAGUUCGCUCUCUUCGUCACGAUGUGUCAGAUGCACAACCUGGAGAUGCCGUCCCUUAGAGAUAUACUCAACGGGAGCGUGGGCAUGUACAACAACUAUAACCUCUGCCAUAUCAAGACGAUCAAUUGGGAGGAAAUAAUUACCGGUCCGGGAGGCCGGUACUUUUACGUGUACAAUUUUACGUCGCCGGAACGCAAUUGUCCGGAAUGCGACGAGAGCUGCGAACAGGGUUGCUGGGGCGAGGGUCCGGAGAACUGUCAAAAGUACUCGAAGACGAACUGCUCGCCUCAGUGCUGGCAGGGCAGGUGUUUCGGUCCUAAUCCACGCGAGUGUUGCCAUCUUUUUUGCGCCGGUGGCUGCACCGGUCCCAAACAGAGCGACUGUCUUGCCUGUAAGAAUUUCUUCGACGAUGGCGUGUGCACCCAGGAAUGCCCGCCCAUGCAAAAAUAUAAUCCAACGACGUAUUCGUGGGAAGCUAAUCCUGAUGGAAAAUACGCGUACGGGGCAACCUGCGUAAGACGAUGUCCGGAACAUCUCUUGAAGGACAACGGCGCGUGUGUGAGAUCCUGUCCACCUAAGAAGAAGGCGAUGAACGGCGAGUGUGUCCCCUGUGACGGUCCCUGUCCAAAAACCUGCAAGGGCGUCGAGAAAGUGCAUUCUGGUAAUAUUGAGACUUUCAAGGAUUGCACCAUCAUCGAAGGAUCCAUCACGAUCCUGGAUCAGAGCUUCGAGGGCUUCCAACACGUUUACGCAAAUUACACGUUCGGCAGACGAUACGAAAAGAUGCAUCCCGACAGAUUGGAAGUCUUCAGAACCUUAAAAGAGAUUACGGGGUAUCUCAAUAUCCAGGGAGAUCAUAAGGAUUUCAGGAACCUUUCGUACUUUCGCAAUCUCGAGGUGAUCGGAGGCAGGACGCUCACGGAAUAUUUUGCAUCCUUGUACGUCGUCAAGACUUCUCUGGUGUCGUUCGGACUUAGUUCCUUGAAGAAGAUUUAUUCCGGCUCGAUUGCCAUUUUGGAGAACAAGAAUUUAUGUUACGCGCAGAGUAUCAAUUGGACCAGGAUCAAGAAGUCAUCCGAACACGAAAGUCUUUUAUCGAACAAUCGAAACGAGAGCGAAUGCAUUAAGGAUGGCCUCGUGUGCGACGAGCAAUGCUCGAACGAAGGAUGCUGGGGACCUGGACAAGCGCAAUGUCUGUCGUGCAAAAACUUAAUCCUAGGAAAUGAUUGUCUUCAAGAUUGCACUGCGCCAGGGAUUUAUCAAGCGGACGAAAAGACUUGUAAGAUGUGUCACGAGGAGUGCGACGACUCCUGCACUGGUCCUAAUGCCGACCAAUGCAUCAAGUGUAAACAUGUGCGAGAUGGACCGUUCUGUGUGCCCAAGUGUCCAUCCUCAAAAUACAACGACAAUGGCCAGUGUAAACACUGUCACGAGAACUGCGUAGGCGGCUGCGAGGGACCGGAGAACAACAUAGGCGCCAACGGAUGUCAUAGUUGCGAAAAGGCAAUUAUGAAUGGGCACGUACCAGAGGGAUGUUUGCAAAAGAAAGAGUCAUGUCCUGAUGGACAUUAUUACGAGUGGGUGAGUCCGCAGGAGCAAGGUGCUUUAAAACCUCUCGCCGGAAAGGCAGUCUGUCGCAAGUGCCACCCACGUUGCAGUAAGUGCACAGGAUACGGCUUCCACGAGCAGGUCUGUCAACAGUGCACCAAGUACAAGAAGGGAGAGCAAUGCGAGGACGAAUGUCCUACCGAUCAUUUCGCGGAUGCUGACACGCAGCUAUGUAUACCGUGCUUCGGGGAGUGUCGAGGGUGCACUGGACCAGGCCCUGAUCAGUGCCAGAAAUGUCGAAACUACAAAAUUUACAUGGAUGGCAAUCCCAGCGAUAAUUCGACAUCCUUCAAUUGCACGGAGGUUUGUCCAUCGGAAUAUCCCCACAAGGUUUUCCCCCCAAAGAGCGAUCCGUACUGCUCCGACGUGCCGAUAGGCCUAAGCUUCCAAUUAGAUAAUGAACUUCAGCCAACUAUUCUGGCCGGAAUUGUGGUCUUUACGGUGGUGAUAUUCGUCUGCUUUAUUACGAUAAUUUACUACUGGCGGAGGACGAAGACCAAGGAAAAUACGGUGAAGAUGACGAUGGCUUUGACGGGUUUGGACGACAACGAGCCGCUUCGACCGACAGGCGUGAAACCGAAUUUGGCCAAGUUACGGAUAAUCAAGGAAGAGGAGAUGAGGAAAGGCGGUAUACUGGGUUACGGUGCUUUCGGCAAUGUAUAUAAAGGUGUUUGGGUGCCCGAAGGAGAGAACGUGAAGAUUCCAGUCGCUAUAAAGGUUCUCCACGAUGGUACAGGUGCGAACACGUCCAAAGAAUUUCUCGACGAGGCUUACAUCAUGGCCAGCGUCGAGCAUCCGAAUCUGCUGCAGCUGCUUGCGGUAUGCAUGACGUCGCAGAUGAUGUUGGUGACUCAGUUGAUGCCCCUGGGAUGUUUGUUGGACUUUGUACGCAGGUACAAAGACAAAAUCGGCUCGAAGCCACUGCUAAAUUGGUGCACGCAGAUCGCAAGAGGUAUGGCUUACCUGGAGGAGAGGAGAUUGGUUCAUCGAGACUUAGCGGCGCGAAAUGUCCUCGUACAGACUCCGAAUUGCGUGAAGAUCACCGACUUCGGUCUCGCCAAACUGUUGGAUAUCAACGAAGAGCAAUACAAGGCCGCGGGUGGGAAGAUGCCGAUCAAGUGGUUGGCACUAGAAUGCAUUCAGCAUCGAGUGUUCACUCAUAAAUCGGACGUGUGGGCUUUUGGAGUGACUAUUUGGGAAGUUCUCACUUAUGGCGGUAGACCGUACGAAAAUGUCCCCGCUCGAAACGUGCCCGAAUUAUUGGAAAAGGGCGAAAGGCUGCCGCAGCCCGCGAUUUGCACGAUCGACGUGUACAUGAUUAUGAUAAAAUGUUGGAUGCUCGACGCCGAAUCUAGACCCAGCUUCAAGGAAUUAGCCGAAGACUUUGCAAAAAUGUCUAGAGAUCCCGGCCGAUAUCUUGCCAUUAAAGGAGAUAAAUACAUGAGAUUGCCUCCUUAUACAUUACAGGAUGAAAAAGAGAUGAUACGAAAUCUCGCAUCAGCAAUGGAUGGUCCAGAAGCUCUGGUGGAUGCCGAAGAGUAUCUGCAGCCCAAGUCGCGGGCUCCCCUUCCGCCUGUGAUCUCCGCAUCGAGUACUUCCGGCUCGCCGCCGCUCACAUCGGUCAAAUCAUGUUGGCCAAACGGCAAGCCCCUCGCCGCUGAUUCGCCGACGCCGCAAAAUCAGCAAAACUGGGACAGGGAGCUUUUGAGGUACGGCGGAAAUCACGGGAACGGAAAUGCGUCGCAUGAGGCCGGUAAUUCCAGUCAGUACACGCAUUACGCACAUCCCAAUGGCGGACACGUCGUGGGAUCCGACAGCUCGAGUUCGAGAUACUGUUCAGAUCCUUUGAAGAUGGUUGGUGUUAAAGAUUGCGACGUGACGGACGAUUGUUUCGAGAUUAAAGUGCAGUCCGCGCAUCAACAGGCUCAAGUGGGAAAUCUGAAGCUAGAUUUACCGUUAGAUGAAGAUGAUUAUCUUAUGCCGUCGCCGCAACUGCCAGCCAACAAAACACAGUACAUAGAUCUCAUCGGAGAGUCUAAAUCGCCAGAAUCCGAACUGAAACUUAAGUUAAACAACAUCCGGAAGUGUCCAGAUUUCCUGAUAAUUCAAGGGAAAACAUCGCUGGACAAUCCGGAGUAUCUAAUGUCGCAAGACGAGGGCCCACUCACGCCGCAGAUUCUGGGUAUCCCUACAUUGAACUUGGAGAAAGUCCUAACGAACGGCGCCUUUGGAUCUCAAGUUAGGCAGAGGAGUUCUGAGGAGGAGUCGGAUCACGAGUACUACAACGAUUUUGACCGGCUGGAACGAGAAUUACAACCGUUGAAGCCGUUUAGGAAAAACGAGACCACGGUGUGAUUUUAGUGGUACUAUCGAGAACACGAGAGAAGCUCAUAACUCUAUGGGACUAGAGGUUAUUAUAUCGAAAACGCCUUUACUUCGGGAACAAGGUAAAUCAAACGGCCUCGUGGAAAAGUAGCGAAAACGAAACUCAUCAUUGAAGUUACUAAAUUCCCAAAAAGGAUACAUUGUACUUAGAGAGGACACUUCGCUCAAGUGCCGCGCUUGAUUGUGAUUAGAUGUAAGCUAGAGACCUUUGUACGUAUAUUUUACGAGAUAUAUAAAUAGGACGAGGAAAAGAAGAGACUAUACGAGGACGCACCGGAAAUGAGGAUCGCGCGAUGGCGAUGCUCGCGAACAAGUAGUGCAAAGAUAUUCUUAACGUGCCAUUUGCCGUGGCUUGUAAAUAAAUAACUUUCCGUACUAGUUUCUCGAGGAUGUAAGGUAUAUCCUAGGACUUAAUUUCGCAGCGACAGCGUCCAAGUUCGUCUCUGCUUAAUAGCUUCCUUUCCGACUGGUUUAAGGCCCAACACGUUGAAGCCUUUAUUGAAAAAAAAUAUAUAUAAUUUCUAUACAUGUUCGAUAAUUAAAAUUAGAUAAUUAAAAUUAUAAUUUCUAUAUAUGUUUGUUAAUUAAAAUGUAGAAAAUGGCAUAAGAGAAUGGCUUUUACGAUUUUCAUAGCCUUAAACCGGUCUUGUUUUCCUCACUACUAUCUUACAGAGAUAUCUAGAUCGUGAAAACCAAUGUUCACGAUAAUGAUAUCAAUCUUUUUUAACGAAUGAAAAUAGAGAACAGUACAUUUUCGGCACGAUUGAAUUUUAUAAUUGAAAGAUUGUGGCGCGACAAGUGCGAAUGUCGAGGAAAUAAAGGCUGUCCACAGCGUCCACAGCGAGCUUUUAAGAGAUUCGUGGUCGUUGUUAAAUUUUUAAUGGUGCAAAAAUUACUUUAAGAAUUUUCUUUAUAUCGAGCGAGGUAUCCCAAAAGAUCGCUCAAUGCAUUUUUUCCUUUAGAAAUUGUUACCACUUUUUAAUUUUAUUCAUUUAUAUAAAGAUAAAUUCGUUAAUAACAUCUUAUU